AUGGCUCAACCUACUCCCCAUUGUCACUACAAGCGAAAUUCAGCAAUGCUGGCUGCCGUUGCCAUGCUAGCAGCUCUGAAUACUCAGAUGGCCUCUGUGAAUGCCAUCUCUCCUCUUCCGUCUGCUGAUGCUUCCAUCAGUCGUCCCAACCCAUCCUCUCGACCCAAUAAUAAGACCGACAGACCCUUUGAUGGUCCGUUGGCUCCAGGUCUGCAAGUAUCAGGCGGAAGUCGUCUGAAGCGAGCCAAGAAUAAGAUUAAGAAGGCAGCUCGGAAUAUGCGAGCUGAAUUACGAUUGAGAUCCGCAGCCACGACCGGUACUUCUGAAGCUUCCUCACCGACGGAACCGCUUCAGCAACAGCAAUCGCAACAGCAAUCACAACAGCAACAAUCACAGCACUCGCAACAGUCGCAACCACAACAACAACAACAGACUGAAGUGACACCUACAUUCUCCAAUGUUCCAGAACCUGUUUGGAUCUCCAUUCAUCCUCCCAGGCCUCCCACGACUGCGGCAGAAACCACAAAAGCAUCAUCAUCACCGACGAUGCAAUCAUCCGACGGCGGGAUUUCUAAAAAGGCAAUUCUAUUCAUGAGUCUUCUCGCUAUUCAAUUUGGAAUCCAACCGGUUCUUGUGAAACGAUUCGCCCCUCGAGGAAUCUGCAAAAGCUCUGUGGUCAUGACCCAAGAAUUGGUCAAGGGCGUCAUUGCGCUGUUUGCCUUUUAUGGAUCCACCUCCCCCAAGAUGCGAAGCUUUGAAAUAUCCCGCUUGACCCUGCGAUCCUGGCUCACCAUGGCGGGGAUCCCGGCGGCGAUUUACACGGUGCAAAACUUGGCAUCGCUGUUGGCGUAUCAGAACUUGGAAGCUUUGACCUUUAACGUCUUGAAUCAAACCAAGACUUUGUCGGCUGCCCUUUGUUGUUUCCUCGUCAUGGGGAAGAGACAAUCCAAAGUUCAAGCCUUGUCGCUGAUCUUGCUACUCGUAUCGGCCUUGGUGAUUGAAGGUGUAGUGUCCUUUGGAAACAUUGUUUCCUUGUUGGGAAAUGGAGUGGCUACCAUAAUGCCAAAGGGUCGACGAUUCACCCAUGGUGUUCUUCCAUGUCUCUUUGCCAGUUUCCUCUCGGGACUGGCGGGUGCCUUGACACAAAAAAACUUGCAAGGAGUCACCAAAAAGAAGGUGCCAUCAUCUGUCAUCGAAAGCACCACAACCGUCACCACCACCGUCACCAAGGCAACACCGAUCAAUCCUUAUCUUUUCAGUAUGGAAUUGACAGUGGCAUCCGUCCUUGUCUUGACCACCAGCCUCUUUUUCAGUCAAGAUGGCAAACAAAUCGGUCAGCAUGGAUUCUUUCAUUUGUGGACCCCCAAGACGAUGAUUCCUAUUUUGACCAACUCGUUUGGUGGAAUCUUGGUUGGAUUGGUCACCAAACAUGCGGGUUCAGUCCAAAAGGGAUUCGCACUCAUCUUUGGGAUUCUUCUUUCUGGCUUUUUACAAGCUGGAUCCCAUGGAAUUUCCUCGGCACAAAUUGUGGGAGGGUUGUUGGCGGCUACCAGUCUCUGGAUGCAUUCUUGUUCGAGAAGUCUGUCAUCCACUAUGCCAAAACUUUUCCUUGCAAACAAGGAACAAAGCUAA